AUGCAGAAUACUAAGGAUGAGGAGUAUGACGGGUUACUUAAGGCCCACCCCUGUCCCAUAUAUGGGUGGCCGGCUGUUUACAUGGUUGUUGGGAUCCGCGUGGCGCUGAUGGCGUCUGAUACCUUCUUUGUUCAUCUGGGUGCUGUGCUUGUAUGCACUACAG